CAAAGACAAAUCAAAUCAUCAAACCCUAGCCAAUAUUUAUUGGCAUCAGUUUUAUCAAUGUCGUCGUCAUUGGUUCGUCCUCGUCCUCGAGUUAUGGUCAAUGGAAUAAGAAGAAUGAGAACCUUUCGUUUCUUCUGGUGCCGCCAUUGCCAACAUACUGUAAGAAUUGCCUCUUCCAACCCAUAUGGAUUUCAAUGUCACUGUUGCUCCAAUGAGCUGAAUCAUGAGCUCGAUGUAUUGAGGCCUGCUGCCUCUAUCAAUAACUACCUUCAAUCCGUAGAACCUUCCCCGGCUGCCCGCUUACUUCAAAACCUAGCUCUCGUCCUCGAUCCUUCCCCUCUGAGGCACCAUGGACGACUUCGAUGGCAAAUCGAAACCGACAAUGAGCCAGUUGAUCAUCCACGGUCUUGGAUCACCCUCCAGUUCGAGAGACCGCCAAGACUUGUAGUUCCCGUACCACAAAAUGCCACCAUCGACGAGGAUCAUACUAAUAACGCUGCUACUUUCGUGGGAACAAUAAACGAGGUUCCGAAUGAGCGUCGGGGGCCAUCACCGGCGCCCAGUUGGGCAAUCGAAGGAUUGCCUACGGUGAAAGUCACGGAAGAGGGGUUGGUGAAGGAACCCGGUUGCCCGGUUUGCAAGGAAGGGUUUGUGGUUGGUGGAGAAGUAAGAGAAAUGCCAUGCAAGCAUGUGUAUCAUUCUGGUUGCAUAGUCCCUUGGCUGAGCUUACACAAUACUUGUCCAGUUUGCCGAUAUGAACUAAAUAAUGGGAUCGAUCAGUUUGGAGAUCGUAAUGAAAAUUAUUACGCAGAGGAGGAAGAAGAGGUGACGUCACGACACCGAUAUGAACUAAAUAAUGGGAUCGAUCAGUUUGGAGAUCGUAAUGAAAAUUAUUACGCAGAGGAGGAAGAAGAGGUGACGUCACGACAUUGGUGGUGGAAUCAGUUUCUUUCCUUCUGGCCAUUUCGUGCAUUAGUUCAUUAUUGGAGACAAACUCACCUUGAUAACCAAGCAAGGCGUCAAGAUAGAACCCGGUGGUCCUCGAUCUUGGAUCGUUCUAUUACUUCUAUAGCUCAAUUAAUAAGGGGUGAUGUAAAUUAAGCAAUAUGUACAUAUGUAUAUUGGCUUUGUUUUAUACAAGGUUGCUCCAUAGGCAGGUAAAGAUGCAUUAAAGUUCAACUGCAGGUAUGAUCUCUAUAACAUAAUGGAAAGAGAUUGUACUUCUUCUUAUUAGAGUUCUACAUGCAAAUUCUUUUUUUCUUUCAUUAAAGGGUACAAUCUUUGAUAUAUGUGGAACUACGUACGUCAAAGAGCAUAUGAUUAAAACGAAUGGUUUAACAUUAAUCGGUGUUACCAUUUAUUCUAUUGGGAUCUAAUUAUGUUCUAUU